CAUUAUCUCUCACAAAGUGUAGCCAUGUGUUUUAAAUGACGUAAUUUUUUUAUUUUUGUUGAAACUUAAUUGUAAUCGGGAGUCAAUAACACGAUUAUUUGUAUUAUAAAUAGCCUAUUGUAGUGUAAUAUUCUAUAUAUAGUAUAGAUAUCAUUGUCGGGUUCUGAUAAAUUAUAUUUAAACUCUAUCAUUUGAUAUUUUGGAGUAUAAAUAUAACAUCAAAAGAAUUGAUCUUCAAUUUAUAAAUUCGCGAUUUGUGUAAUCAGUUGUAUUGAUUAUCCGCAAGAUGUCGCUGAAACGAGUUCUUAUUGUAAAUAAGUCAUUCCCGGUCGCCGGUUUAGAACUUUUGAAAAACAAAGUUGAAGCGGUCGUGCUUCCGCACUUGGACUACGAAGCAGAGAGCUUGCCGAAUAUUAAAAACAACCUCAAAGGAUUCGACGCUUUGAUAUGGAAUACCAAACACAAACUUACUGGAGAAUUAUUGGCAAUAGCAGGACCUCAACUAAAAGCCGUAUCAACAAUGGCGUCAGGCAUCGACCACAUCGACGUCGCAGAGAUCAAGAAACGUGACAUUCCAUUAGGAAAUACUCCACAAGUAUUAGAUGAUGCUGUCGCAGACAUUACUGUUGGACUCAUCAUUGCUGCUGCAAGGAGGUUCAAGGAAGGAGUUCAGGAGUUGGAGGCAGGCGAAUGGAAGUACGGUGUCCAAUGGAUGGUUGGGCAGGACAUUUCUGGCAGCACAGUUGGGAUCGUGGGCUUCGGGGGUAUAGGACAAGCAGUGCUUCGAAGAUUGAGGGGGUUCGAUGUCGCUAGAUUCCUGUAUAGUGGACGCAGUGACAAGCCUGAAGCAAAAACCUUGGGAGCAGAACGAGUGCCACUAGACCAGUUGCUAAGGGAGAGCGACUUCGUGGUCCUCUCGUGUCCUCUUACGAAAGAGACUAGACAUCUGAUCAACACUGAAUCACUCAAGACAAUGAAGAAGACCGCUGUAGUCGUCAAUAUUGGAAGAGGAGAGUUAAUAGACCAAGAAGCUCUGUACAAUGCUCUGAAAGAGAAGCAGAUCUUCGCAGCAGGAUUAGAUGUCACUACUCCAGAGCCAUUACGGAACGACCAUCCUCUCGUCUCUUUGCCAAACUGUUACAUUUUACCCCACAUGGGUAGCGCUACAGUUGACACCAGAAACAAGAUGGCGUCCAUAUCAGCACAGAACGUAUUACUGGCACUAGAAGGAAAACCUAUGCUAUAUCCUUGUUGAUGAUAACUAUCUUUAUUUUAUUUAGAAUGAAUUAGCCGUCUAUUGUAAUAUGUAAUAAGAACUAUAUUUUAUUAUCAAUAAACUAUACUUACUUCUUCUA